AUGCAACAUCAAUCUCACUUUGUCUCCAACCAUGGAAAUCUGCAUCUUUAUGUUCCAUCCCGAUCUGUCCCUGAAUUGACCUCACAAGCAUGGACCACGUCACAUCUGGAUGACAUCCAACUGGUAGACGGAUGCUACUCCCCAGAGUUAGAGUCGUCGUCGGAACGGAAAACUGAAUUCUCCCGAUCCUACAAGACCCAGUCUCGUCUCGCAUCCCGGAACGGCGCGCUAGUCCUGGUCCACGCACCCUCAAAUCCCACCACUAAGAACUUUGCUUCUGGCUUUUCUUUUUUUAUGUCGCUUCCGGUUGAGGUCCGCCUUGGCAUUUAUCACCAUCUUCUCGUCUCCGAGAAUCUUCCCGUGCUGUGCUCCAGUGGGAAAUUUCGCGUACUUGCUGAAGAACUAUACGAUUCGGACCUCAAGAUCCAUCCGCAGAUCCUUCAGACGUGUAAGCGAGUCAACACUGAGGCAACCGAGAUUUUGUAUGCGGCAAACGUUUUCCGGAGACGGUUCUACUGGCCUGUCACUUAUGGUCGACGCGGACGGAGUAAGCACUUGCCACUCAAGGAAUCGUCGCCUGUUAGUGCCGCCAAUUUGGAUAGUAUCACAAAGAUUCGCCUCUUUCGGGAACAUAACGCUUGGCUACGCGAUGGGAGACUAAGAGUUCUGGACGAAUUUCCUCGGUUGAGAGAACUUCAGAUCCACAUGGACAUGAACUAUGCCGAGAAUUCAUCUUCGGCACUGAAAGAAACCCUGCUCGCGAUCCAUCGUCACCACCGCCACCUGCCUAGCCUCACAGUCAAACUCCGCCUCCCCUUCAACCAAGCAUGGAAAGACUGGUGCAACGAAUACACCAACAAACCCAUGGGUUUCAGUCUUCACAUGCGAAAGAUGCAGGAACUGCAAGACUGGAUGACGUCUGCAGGCAAUAUCUUCACCGGCAGGCAGACGAACUGGACGUUUCUGAUAAAUCUGGCACCACACUGCGGGCCUUCUGCAACGGUUAUUUUCUCGACGGGGCUGUUCGGAGCCGAAGAGGCGCAUGUGUCGUGCUGCAUCGACAUCGAUGGCAAAAAGACGUUUAGCAAGAUGCCGACGAAAUGUGACAGGUCCGAUCUGAUAUAG